UGUUUACGUGGAGAACAUGGCGGCGACUGAGAUGUGGCUAUAAGCAAGUGGGCAGCUGCUAAUGCCAGGCUCUGGAACUGAAUUGAAACUUAAACUUUGAGAAUUUAAUGUCAGUUCAAAGACGAGUUAUUCGCAAAAGUUGGGCGAAUUCGCUGACACUUGCACACGCAUGAAGCCGUUUCCCGUUUCUCUCAGCCACAGGGACAACUGUAAUGGAAGACGAGGAGAGGCUAAAGAAGCUCGAGGCCGGCAAAGCAAAGUUGGCUGAGUACCGGCAGAGGAAAGCACAUGCAGAUGGACAGAAGACACAGAAGAAGAAGAACAAAAAGAGGACAGGGCCGGAGGACUCUGAGGGAGAUGGCCAAGGGGCCGGAGAGGCGGAGCAUGAUCAAUCUCUGGUGGAUGAAGUCCCUGGAGGAGGGGGCGGAGGAGGAGGAGGGGGCGGAGGGGACCAGGCACCGACCAGAACGGAGUACACCUUUGCCAGGACCCUGCGCAGCGGGGAGACAGUCAAACAUGAUCAAACGUACACCAUAGAGCCUGAGAGUGAGGUGUCCACCACGGCAGAAGACUAUUCGUCUGAGGUAAACGGAUGCCAUGAGACGACUGAGAUCCCAAUGCAGUCCUACACGGAGUUUAUCUGGGAGGAAGUGGACCCUCUGCAGAAGGAGGGGAAGGAAGGACGUGUCCAGGACAUGGAGGAUGAACUGGUAGCCAAAAGCCGGGCGGUGGAGGAGCUGAGAGGAGAACUGGAGGAGGUCCGGUCUGCUUUCGAAGGAGUACAGCAGCUGCAGGACUUUGAAGCGGCUCUGAAACAGCGGGACAGCAUCAUCACCCAGCUUACAGCCAAUCUCCAGCAGGCUCGGGAGGAGAAGGACGAGAUCAUGAGAGAGUUCCUGGAGAUGACUGAGCAGAGCCAGAAACUGCAGAUACAGUUCCAGCAGCUGCAGGCGGGAGAGACAUUACGCAACAGUAGCCACAGCAGCGCGGCUGCCGACCUCCUGCAGGCCAGACAGCAGCUAGUCCUCUGCCAACAGCAGGCGGAGGACAUGGCCGCCAAGGUCAAAGGUCACGAGGAAAGAAGCGCGGAGCAGCUUCUGAUGGUCAGUCAGCUCCAACAUCGCCUCAGCGAGGCCGAGAUGGUUGAGAGGAGAACAGAAGAAUCUUUUGCACAAAAGCUAAAUGAAAAAGACCUGCUGAUUGCUGAACAAGAAAUAAUGAUGUUGGGACACGAGCGUGCCCUUGCCCAGCUUAAAGAAGAGCUAGUGCUUGCGGGCUGCGGGCAGGAAUCGUUUACCCAAAGGGCGAAUGAAAAAGACUUGAUGAUUUCUGAACAAACUGCAAUAAUUACAGGGUAUAAGCAUACACUGGCAAAUCUCAAGGAAGAACUUGAGCUGGUAAGAAGGAGGGAGGAUGAAUUGCACGCACAGAGGCUACGAGAGAAAGACCUGCUGAUUGCCGAGCGAGAAAAAGGCAUGUCUGAAAGUGAUCACUUACUGGCCCAGCUCAGACGAGAAGUGACGGUCUCGGAAACACAACUGAAUGACCUCAGACAGCACAUGACUGUAAAAUCCCAAGAGCUGGAAAGCUGCAAGGCUCAAUUGGACAGCUCCAAGGUGGAACUGGAAAGCUACAAAACACAAUUGGACAGCUCCAAGAUGGAGUUGGAAAGCUACAAAACACAAUUGGACAGCUCCAAGGUGGAGUUGGAAAGCUACGAAACUCAAUUGGACAGCUCCAAGGUUGAGUUGGAAAGUUACAAAACACAAUUGGACAGCUCCAAGGUGGAGCUGGAAAGCUACAAAACUCAAUUGGACAGCUCCAAGGUGGAGUUGGAAAGCUACAAAACACAAUUGGACAGCUCCAAGGUGGAGCUGGAAAGCUGCAAGGCUGAGCUGUCGAGCUCCAGACAGAAGGAGCGGAUGUCGUCUGGUGAGAUCCAGCAGCUGAUGGGGACGGUGGAGAACCUCCAGAAGCGAUACCACCAGGGGAGCCUGUCUGACAGCGAGGCUCUCCAGAGGACGGAGGAGGCCUCCUCCCGGAAGCUGGAACAUCUCCGUGCCGAGCUGGAUGAGAUGUACGGCCAGCAGAUCGUCCAGAUGAAGCAAGAGCUUCGCUCGCAGCACUCAGCGCAGAUCGACCGCCUGACGGAGCAGCAUCGCGCAGAGAUGGAGACGCUGAUGUCCCGACAGGCCGCUCCCGUCCCCGGUCCGAGCCCCGAGGCGGUGGCCGAGCUGGACGACAGGAUCGCGGAGCUCCAGGAGAGGCUUCAAGAGGCCCGGUCGCUGCAGGAGAGAGACAGCCACGAGCUUAACCAGGUUGCCCAGGAUAAACUCCACCUCCAGGGCCAGGUUAGGGACCUGCUCAGGGACCUGCGCUCGUCCAGGGCGGAGCAAGAGUCCCUGAGCGCCGCCUCGCAGGAGAAACUCAACGGCGAGCUGAGGAGACUCCGGGAAACCAUCGAGGGGCUGAAGGCGCAGCUGGUCGCCGCCGGAGAGGCGUCCGAGGAAGCGGAAGCGAAGCACGAAUCGGAGACAACGAAUUACAAGAUCAAACUGGAGAUGAUGGAGCGGGAGAAGGACGCAGUGCUGGAUCGCAUGGCCCAGUCUCAGGAGGCUGAGCUGGACAGGCUGAGGACGCAGCUCCUCUUCAGCCACGAGGAGGAGCUCACCCUCCUGAGGGAGGACCUCCAGAGAGAGAGUCACCUCAACGCGGAGAACCUUCUGAACGAGGCGGCCGUCAAGCACGAGCGGGCGUCGGAGCUGACGCGCAGCGGCUACGAGAACAGGCUGCGCUCGAUGGAGGGGGAGCGUGCGGUGUCUGCCGCGGAGAGGGACGAGCUGAUGCACCAGAUCGUGGCGCUGAAAGAGGACUUGAAACUCGCUCUGCAUAGCUCCAGAGCCGACGAGCUUCUGGAUCAACAGAGGGAGCUGCAGGUGGAGGUGGAGGAGCUGAGAAAGGGAGGAGAGGAACGAGUUCGUUUGGAGAGGGAGGUCCAGAAGGUGCUAAAGAACUACGAACUGCUAGAAAACCAAAGCAAAGAGAAGGAAACACGCUGGGGUGAAAAAUGGAAAGAGCAGGAAUCCGAAAAGAUGAUUUUGAGACGGAACAACGAAGCCUUAAAAGAGGAGGUGGAAUCGCAAAAUAAAACAAUUAAGUCCCUUACGGCAGAAAACAAACAAAUGCAGCAACAGGUCGUUGAGCUCAGAGGGGAGGUCGAAAAACAGAAGAAUACUUUCUCUUUCGCUGAAAAAAACUUUGAAGUUAACUAUCAGGAGCUGAAGGAAGAGUACUCUUGCCUGAUUGAGGUGAAGGCACAGAUGGAAAAAAUUCGACUAAAAGAGACACUCGAGUUCGAAGCAAAAAUCCAAAGCCUCGAGUCACGAAAUUUGGAGGUUAAAGAGCGCCGUGAAGUGGAACACAUCUCCGCAAGGGACUCGGCACUUACGGAGAAAGAUGCCACUGAAGUGAUGGAGAAGCUAGAGGUUGCCCUGAGAGAGAAGGACAACCUGACCUCCAGGCUAUCUGAGGUUACUGAGAGUCUGUCUGUUACACAGAGAGAGGCAGAGCAGCUAGAGGCAGAGCUGACACAGGUCAAGACGGAGAACAAGGAGGUCAUCUCCCGAAACGAAAACCUGGAGAGGGAACUGAAAAGAGAGCGAGAGACCUCAAAGAAAAAGGAGAGCGAAUUAAAAAUGGACAGACAGGCGUCGAGAGCUGCUCAGAGUGAGAGCUCCGAGCUACGGAAGGCAGCGCAGUCUCCGGCUUGCUCCGUCCAGGAUCACCACCUCCAGAUUACCUCCCUCCGUGACCAGGUGGAGGGGCUGCGAUCCUCGUUACAGAAAGCCGAAAAGGAGCGCGACCGCCUCCGGUCUGCCCGCGAGCUCCAGGGCCAAGUGGGAGCCUCAAAGCCGGCGACGGCGGUGGAGGCGAAAGUCCAGAAGACGAGGGAAGGACCUGCCGAACGCGACCCCUCGUCGAAGCCCCCGGGGUCAAACAGGCGCAGGAGACGGCAGAGGGGGAAGCAGGAUCGCCACGGCUCAGCCCAAGCGGGAGAGAAAGCCGAGAGAAAGGAGGAGGAGGAGGCGGAGGAGGAGGAGGGGGCUGGUGUGUGCGAGGGAGAACAAGCUGGAAGCGCUGCAGAGCGGGAGACGCCAGCUCAGAUGGAGAGCCUGGAUGAGACGCGUUCGCUGCAGAGGGUCAGAGACGUCGCAGAUGGCUGCCACGACAACGACGUCGAGAAACAGGAGCAGAGGAGCAGAGGGGUGGAGCCAGUGCCCGACGCUGUAGCCCAGCAACAAGAGGCGGGGAUGGAGUCUACGGAGCAUACGGAGUGUAAGCUGCAGCUGGAGGCCCAGCGCAUCAGCCUGUCUCAGAUCCACGCUGCCCAGCUGGAGCUGCUUCGAGAGCAGGCGGCCACCCACUCACACAUCCUGGUUCAGGGGCAGGGGCAGGCCCGCCUGGAGGAACACAGGGGCACCGGCGCCCCUGAGCUGCCCCUGGCACCCCCCGCCACACCGGGCGGACUGGAGGUGGAGCUGCAGAGGCAGCGGGCCGAGCUGGAGGAGAGGCACCAGCAGGAGGUGGAGCGUCUCCGGUCCUCCCACCGACAGCAGGCGGAGGAGAGCGAGCGGCGACACGCCACAGAGCUCAUAGUACUGCGACAGCGCCUGCAGGAGGAGCCCAGCACCCAGAUCAGCCUGACCAGUGUGCCCCAGAUCACAUCUCAGAGGGAGCAGGAGGAGAAAGAACUAAAGUUGCUGGAGGAGGAGGAGCACCAGGAGGAGGAGGAGGAGGGCAGCCCGGGCGAGGGGCUGGCCUGGCCGGCCAGGUCCGCGGAUCUGACGGCUCAGCUGCAGUCUAUGAGGAGAGCGCUCUACCACAAGUACACGCAGGAGGUGUCUGCUCUCAGGGAGCAGCACAGCGCAGAGAUCCAGAGGCUGAGCCUGGAGAGGGAGCAGGGAGGGAGGACGGGAGCGGGAGACGAGGGGGAGCGGGUCAACGGCGAGGAGAGACGCCACCAGGAGAGGGUGGAGGAGGAGAUCGCCAAGGUCAUAGUUCAGAUGUCCGUGGAGUUUGCCCAGCAGAGCGAGCUGUCCCGCAUGGCUAGGAGAGCGGGACUGACCUCCUCCGCCGUGCAGACCCAGUCUGAGGAGGAGGAGGAAGAGGAGGAAGAGGAGCUUCACAGACUGAUGGAGCAGGUGGAACGUUCUGGAGGGAGAGAUGAACAGAAGAGAGGAGAGGAAGAAGAGGGAGACGAAGAGGAGGGAAAGAAGAAGAGGGCUCUGGGGGGUCGGUCACACGAUGGUGGAGAGUCAAGCUGCUCUGAUGUCAUCACUACUGAGAGGAACCUCCUGCGGAAGGCCAACGCGAGCCUCCGCCAGGUGCUGCGCGACGUGCUGAAGACGACGGCGGCGGCUGAAGAGACCAUCGGGCGCCACGUGGAGGGACUGCUGGAAACCUCCACCAGGGGGCGGCACCCUCCACCACAGAGGCCCGAGAGAGCAGACAUCUCCACGGAGAGUCGUUACGGCAGCGAGACCGGGGCGGACGACGUGAGCGUGUGGUCCGGUGAGACGGACGAGGGUCUGGAGGCGUCCGACAGCCUGAUGCAGGGGGCGGAGCUUCAGAAUGAGGAGUACCUCAUGAAUAUUAGCGCCCGCCUCCAGGCGGCCGUGGAGAAGCUGCUGGUGGCCAUCACCGAAACCACCAAUCAGCUGGAGCAUGCCCGUCUCACCCAGACAGAGCUGAUGCGAGAGUCCUUCAGACACAGCCAGGAGAUGGGAGACCUGCUGCAGAGGCAGGAGGAGCUGCAGGAGAGGCUGGGGGAGGAGGCCCACACCCGGGAGAAGCUGGCCCUGGAGCUCCACCGGGCAGAGGGUCUGAUAGACGGCUACACAGGUGAGCGGGCGGCACAGGAGCAGCAGCUACGUCACAAGGAGGAGCUCCACCUGAGCCUGGAGCAAGAGCUGCAGGUGACGAGCAGCCGCCUUCGCGAGCUGGAGCAGGAGAGGCUGCUGGCUCAGCAGGAACGGGAGCUGCUGUCACGGCAACAGGAUGCCAUGAGGGAGAUGGCCGGGCCCCGAGAGAUGUGCCUAGUUGAAGCUGCAGGGGUGGCUGCACCUGAAGCAGACCUCCUGGAGGAGACGGAGAAACUGAUGAAGGAGAAGGUGGAGGUGCAGCGGCAGGCCGAGAAGGAGAGCUUGGAUCUGCUGAAGCAGGUGAAGCUUCUGGAAGGUGAGCUGGAGGAGCAGGUGAACAAGGCCAUCGAGCUGGAGCACGCUCAGAAGACGGAGAACGGAGACCUGAGGCAGCAGAUCCAAGCCCUAGAGAAGCAACUGGAGAAAACCAGAAAGUUUCUCGACGAACAGGCAGUCGAUCGGGAACACGAGAGAGACGUCUUCCAGCAGGAGAUCCUGAAACUGGAACAGCAGCUGAAGAACCCUCAGAAGCUGCUGGCCGGCUCUGAACAGAGAACCAGAGAGGUGGAUCAGCUGACCUCCCAGCUGAAGCAGAAGGCUGACUGGUGCAGCGAGCUGCUGCUGAGCUCGGAGCAGCUGCAGCGAGAAGUCAGCGAGCGCAACGAGGAGAUCGACAAGCUGGAGGGCCGUGUCCGCGAGCUGGAGCAGGCGCUGCUGACCAGCACAGAGACACUGGACACGACGGAGGAGAGGAGACAGCAUGUGUCUGUCAGCGAGGCCGAGGACUCUCCUCUGGAGGCCCAGCUGCAGACAGAGAGGGAGGCGCUGGACAGGAAGGAGAAAGAGAUCGCCAACCUGGAGGAGCAGCUGGAGCAGUUCAGGGAGGAGCUGGAGAACAAGAGCGAGGAGGCGCACCAGCUUCAGAUGCAGCUUCAGAUCCAGAGGAAGGAGAUCAGCACCCAGCAAGACACCCUGGACGUCAAGGACAACCUGAUCAAGGUUUUGGAGGAGAGGGACAGGGAAAUAGCUGUUCUUAAUGAACAGAUCGCUAAGCUUCAACACACGGAAACAGCAUCUGAUAACAAGGACAUCGACGAGAAGGACGAGCUGAUUCGGGAGCUGGAGUCUCGGGUGGAGUUCAUGCGGAGCGAACGGGAUCGUCUGAAGAGGAACAGCGAGGAAGAGCUGUACCAGCUCAACGCUGUCAUCGAAAAACUCCAGGAGGAGCUCGCUAACAUCGAGCAGAAACAGGCGGCGGAGGAGGAGGAAGACGAGGAGGAGGAGGAGCCGCCGCGUCCAGGGAGCCAGACGGGAGGACCCAGCAGGGACGAGUUUGACGAAAUGAAGCAGAGGGUGGACCAGGCCACCCAUGAGCUGAACACGCUCAAAGCGGAGCACGGCUCCCUCUUGGACACGUACCUGCGCUUGAAGGAGAGCGCCUUGGCUUUGGCGGAGACGGAAAAGCUGGACGAGGCCUCGGAGUCGGACUUCGAAGACGCUCUGAGGGAGAAGACCGCCGCUUUUUUGGUGAUGCAGGCCCAGGUCCAGGCCCUGGAGCAGAGCGCCACCUCCAGGGUGGAGGAGUUGAGCCGUCGUGUCCAGGACCUGGAGGGUCUGGUCGGGGAGAGGGACUCGGAGCUGGCCCGCUGUCGCUUCCUGGUGGAGAAGGCUCAGGAAGAUGCCGAUGAGCUCCAGCACAAGGUCUCCAACCUCGAGGACAAGCUAAGGGACAGGGUGGCCGCGACGCUGGUUAGCCAGGCCCAACUGGGGGCCGUCCAGCAGCAGUCUCACGCUUCCAAGGCCCAGGGAUCCGACGAGACGGACCUGGAUACCCGGGGAGAGUCCCAGGCAGCGGCCCACGACUUUGGGUUCCCGGGGGUCCCCAAGAUGGACUUUGGGGUGCUGGGCGUAGCCAAACGGGGUCCGGCCGGGAAGGUGGUGCUUCUGACGGAGAAGCUAUGGGAGCUGGAGGUGGGGCUCAGCGGCAUGCAGAGGGACCAGGAGCUACAGAAACAGCUGCUGUCCAGCUCGGAGGUGGAGGUGAUGGAGUACGAGAGGAGGCUGGCCACCCUCAUGGACCUGCUCAACCAGAUGAAACCAGCCGGGCACCUGAGGAGCAGCCUGCAGGCAGGGGCAUCGUCCACCAGCGACACCUCAGUGUCCAACGUUCUCCAAGAACUACAGGAAGUGAGAGAGGAAGCUGCCGUUACCAGGCAACAGCUGAGCACCUUCAAGGAGAGCAGCAGCAAACUUCAGGAAGAGCUCAAGGAAAAAGAGAUUGCGGUAGCAAAGCUCCAAGAAGACCUUCAAAGGGCAUCGUCUAGAGGUGCUGAGGAAGCCAAGAUGGCGGAGAUGCAGCGAGAGUUGAGGGACUUCAAACAGGAGGCCUACGCCGCCAAAGAGGAGCUAAGCAGCUGCAAGGAGCGCUGUGACAAGCUCCAGGAGCUGCUGCAGGAGAGAGAGAUGACCAUCGCACAUCUCAAGGGCGAACUUCACCAGGCAUCGUCGGAGGGCUUGGGGGCUGAGAGGUCUGAACUCCUCCAGGAGCUCCAGGACGUCCGAGACGAGGCGGCCUCCACCAAGGAGCAGCUCACCAGCUUCAGGGACAGUACGGACAAGCUCCAGGGUGAGCUCCAAGCCCGGGACCUGUCCAUCGCCCAGCUCCAGGAAGAGGUGCACAAGCUGGGAGCAGCCUUGGCCAAGGCAGACGUGCCUCCUUCACCGUCCCCGUCGCCUCAGCCCCUCUCCUCCUCCGCCACCUCCUCUUCCUCCCAACCCAAGAAGAAAGGAGGGAAGCAAGGGAGCAGGAAGGCUGGAGACGCCAAAGACAAACAAACCCUCGUGAGGAAGGGCUCCGCUCCCACCUCUUCUUCCUCCUCCGAGAAACCUCGGACUCCCCCGCUGAACAACGGCUCCGAACGGCCGCGCUCCCCGACCGCGGACUCGUCCACGCAGACAAAGCCCUCGCAGAGGGCGCCCAGCCAGCGUGCGGACGAGGAGGAGGCGGAGGGGGCUUGGGAGGUCGUCAGAGAGUACCAGGAGAAGAUCGGACAGAUGCUGGAGCUGCACGCGGCCGAGAUCCUGGACAUGGAGGCGCGGCACAUCGCGGAGAGUGAGGCGCUGAGGAGGGAGAGCGAGGCGCUGAGGAGAGAGGGACAGCAAGCGGAGGAAGAGUGCAGGGCUCUGAAGGCCGUCAUCGAUAAACUGUGCUCCAGCGAGGCCGCUUCAUCCAGACCCGAGCGCCCUGCAGCAUCACAUCUCAAGGACGGCUACACCAGUGACAGCAGCUCAGACUGGAGCCAGAGGACGGGGUACGACCUCCCUAACCUGCAGCAGGAGUUCAGGAGCACUCCAGAGGGAGCCAGGAGGGAGACGGACGACGCCCUCCCUGAUAGAAUCAAGACUCUUCUUCGGGAGGUUCACCAGGAAGGCAUGCAGGUCCUCUCCCUGUCGGAGCUGCCGGCGGGGGAGGGGGAGGCCGGACCGGCAGGCCUCCACAGCCAGGGCUGGGCCAGGGAGAGGGAGGCUCUGGUGGCCACUGUAGACUCCCUCAAAAACCUCCUCGCCCAGAUGACCAGAGACACACAGACCUCAGGGGGGGCAGACUGGCGCGCGGAGCUGCUGGAGGCGGUGCAGCAGGUGUUUGUGAGGGAGCGCAGCGUGCUGAAGAGCGCCCUUUACGCCCGCCUGGACCUGCUGGACACCAGCGACGCCAUCGUCCACCUCAACCAGCUGGAGCGCCGGCUAGCCGAGCAGGACUCCCACCAUAGGGAAGCGAUGGGAAACCUCCACGCUGCUGACCGGAGCAGUCUGCUGUCAGAGGUCCAGCAGCUUCGUGCUCAGCUGGAACACUUGCAAACACCGGACCCCGGCCUCAGAGAUACCCCCAGCCUCAGAAACGCCCCCAGCCAAGGUUUCCAGUCUGGUGUUGAGGCAGGUGCUUCAGAGCCAAGGGGGAGAGGUGUCCCCCAGGGGGGUGCUGGAGGCCCCCCGGAGGCCCCCCACAUGGGCAAGGCACCCCAGAGGGGUCCCCUGGAGCCCCCCCAGGCAGACAGGGGGCUCCUGGAGGAGCUGAGAGGAGAGCUGGCUCAGACCAAACUGGAGCUGGAGACCACACUGAAGGCUCAGCACAAACACCUGACAGAGGUGGACAUGCUGAGGGCGGAGAUGUAUCAGAAGGCCUCCGAGGUGGACUCCCUGACGGACCGCCUGUCAGACGAGCAGAAGAAGACCAGGGAGCAGCAGUGGGCCUUGGAGAAGGAGAGGUGUAAAUCUGACAGGAGGGAGGAGACAGGAAGAGAGGAGCUGGAGGACCUCAAACUGACCGUGGAGGACCUGCAGAGCCAGGUGGCCCAGCUGACCUCGGGCCUGGAGCAGGAGCGCCAGGCCUCCUCCCAGCUCUCCCUCCAGGCUCAGCAGGAGGGCGUCACCCUGCACAGCCGUCUGUCAGAGCUCCAGGUUCAGCUGGAGUCGGAGCGAGCCCGGGCCCAGGAGCUGAGCAGUGCCCUGGGGAGGGAGAAGGAGAUGCGCCGGGGCGGAGGUCACCCCCAGGAGGGGGAGGAGGGGGCUGAAGCUGUUCUGGACAGUCUGCAGAGGGAGCUGGAUGAGAAACAUGCACAGGUGGUGCAUCUGCUCGGGGAGGUGGAGUCCCACAAGCUGGUGGCUGUCCGUCAGCAGGAAGUGCUCACCUCCACAGGUCAGAGGUCACAGCAGGACCAGGAGACCCUGCAGGCUGGCCGCGCCCAGCUCCAGGCUCUGCAGGAGGCCUUGCAGGAGGCGCAGGCCCAGCUGAGGAAGGAGGUGCAGAGGAGCAAGGCUCUGGAACAGGAGAAGGAGAGGCUGGAGGAGAGAGUGGUCCAGCUGAGGAAGGCGGGGGAGACGGCAGGGAGAGGCACGCGGGGAGCUGACAGUCAGAACCAGCCAGGCGUGUGCACAGGCGAGCCCACAGACAGGACCAUGGACUGGGUGUUCCAGCAGAAGAGCACUGACGCUCAGACCGCCAUGUCCGGCACGCCCUCCCUCCGAGAGCCCACAGGGUCGGGGGUCACCACCGCGCCCCUCGACCCCAGACCCUCCACGGACAAGGUCCUGGGGAAACUGCAGCUCAUCGCCAGCAGGAUCAGGGCUCUGGCCAGCAAGGCACCUGACAGGCUGACCACAGAGGUGGACAGAGAGGAGCUAACCUGGCUCCAGUCCAACGUUGAUGAGGUCAUCAGCAUGCUGCAGCGGUUCCCAGGACUCCCCUCUGCCCCAGAGAGUGCCGCCCUGCUGGCUGGAGGCUCCCUGACGGAGCGCCUGCUGAGGCAGAACGCCGAGCUCACGGGCUUCGUCAGCCGUCUGACGGAGGAGAAGAACGAUCUGCGGAACCAGACGCUGCGGCUGGAGGAGGAGCUGAGGCGGUACCGGCACUCCGGCCUGGGCAGCGGACUCAGCCCCGGCAGCAGGAGGGGCGUGGCGGGCGUGGACGCGGCGGGCGCCCUGUUCUCCCAGGAGCGGGAGGCGUGGGGCCGGGAGAGGAGCCGGCUGGAGAAGGGGCUCCGCACGGCCCAGGCUGAGCUCUCCCGCCUCCGGGCGGAGCUCAGGACAGAGGCUCUCAGAGACAUGAGCGGGCCGGACGCAGACAACACCACGCUGAAGAGAAUGUACGGGAAGUACCUGCGUUCCGAGAGCUUCCGGAAGGCCCUCAUCUACCAGAAGAAGUACCUGUUGUUGUUGCUGGGCGGCUUCCAGGAGUGCGAAGAGGCCACGCUGUCGCUGAUCUCCAGGAUGGGCGGCCGGCCGUCCGUCUGCAGCCUGGAGUCGCAGCGCCACAGGGGGCUGACGCGCUUCCGCUCCGCCGUCAGGGUCUCCAUCGCCCUCUCCAGGAUGCGUUUCCUGGUCAAGCGUUGGCAGAAGGCCACAGGGAUGAGCUCUGUGUCUCCAGGCACAGUCAACAGAAACGGCCUCGCCCAGACACCAGUCACAGGACCUCACAGCAUAACACCAGGAACAGGACCUCACAGCAUAACACCAGGGAGCGAUGUGAGGGACUCCCCCUUCCUGCACCCUGGCAGUGUGGAGGUGUUCGCCGACAGACAGGGAGCGACCAGCAGAGGGCGCUCUGGCAGAGACUCCCCCAGAUCAGCCUUGUCCUCCACACAACACAGGUUCCACCUGGCGGGAGACUCCGGCCCUCUGAGCUGCUCCCACCUGCAGAGCUACGACCCGGACAGAGCGCUCACAGACUACAUCUCCAGACUGGAGGCCUUACAGAGGAGGCUGGGGGGCGUGACGUCAGGAUCAUCUUCAUAUGCUCAAUUGCACUUUGGAAUGAGAAGGUAGAAGCCCAGACGCUUGAAGAUACUCAGUUGCCUUUACUCAUGCUGGGCGGUUUCGUACCAUGCUAUGUACAGCACCAUAUUUCGUGGGGACCAAAUACCAUUUUUUGUGUAAGACAUCUUAUUAUCGGGCUUUUCGUCGCCGGCACUUGAAACAGCUUCUACGUUUGUAAUAUCGUUCUGCCUCUUUGUUGUGGAUGAGCUACAAUCAUGUUUAAUGUAUAUUUGUGGAAUGCUAAUUUAAAGAUAUAUACCCUUGAUUAAUUUAUACCGUGGAUGUUUUGUUUGUGUGGGUGGAAGAAUACUUAAGGAAUGUUUGGGUUUGUUGUUGAGGAGACUGCUACUGGAUAUAUACACUACACUGUGUUUACUAGGCCGGGUUCCUGGACAGACGACAUUUGCAGAAAACAUAUUUUUGUAAAGGGUAGGAGCUUUGAAUUUUCUGGGUAUUUUGUCAAAAACUGAAAUAAAUGAUACAUUUUAAACGUG